CGAGUUUCAAGCGUUGCUGCAUUCUGAGACUGAGAGGCGGUACUGUAUAGUCAGUCAAUCGCUAAACUUCUUGGUCGUUCUAUCAACUGAUUUGUAACAAUUUCCAAAGAUUGUUUUAAAGCAAUUAGCAGCAUUUUAGCUUUUGGAGUAUUUUGGACUGUUUAUUUUAUUUUAUUUUUUACUGCUUGCUUCCUGGUUGUGAAAGAAGCCAAAAAAGGGGUCUUUCCGAGCACUGCGCUGUAUACUGUUCAGAAGUGGGCUCCCGAAUCAAGUGGAUCUGCUGUCACUUCUGCACAGGGAUUGGAACUGACAGAAAAAAGGAUGCACUCCCUGUAUGACGUAUAACCGAGGAGACUUGCUGCUUUGGAACCUUCUACAGCUGAACACCUUUUCUCAAAUGUUUUUAUAAGUCGCUCCAUUGAGCAGAAAGACUUUCACCAACAGCUAUGAACAGUGAGAACAGGAAUGUCACAAUGCCUCAGAAAGUUUCCUCUCCUUCAAGAAGCAACAGCAGCUGCUCUUCUAAACAAGAAAGCCGCCAGGACAGCUGGGAGAUUGUGGAAGGCCUGCGCGGGGGUGCAGGUAAUAUCCAGGAGCCACAGAAACAGAAAGGCUUCCUCCUGAAGAGAAGAAAAUGGCCCUUGAAAGGCUGGCAUAAGAGAUACUUCUUUUUAGAAAAAGGCAUCCUGAAGUAUGCCAAAUCUGAAGCUGACAUUGAAAAGGGAAAGUUACAUGGUUGCAUUGAUGUUGGCUUGUCUGUCAUGGCUAUAAAAGAAAGGGCUAAAUGCAUAGAUUUGGAUGCAGAGGAACAUAUAUACCAUCUUAAGAUAAAAUCCCAGGAACUUUUUGAUGAAUGGGUUUCCAAACUUCGGCAUCACAGACUGUACCGGCAGAAUGAAAUCACAAUGUUUCCCCUUGACCAAAACAACCACUUCUUUUCCCACUUCCCCACUGAUGAUUCUCCUAAUCCAUCCAAUUCCUCAUCCUUGAGAAAGAGAGGCAUUCUUGCCAAACAAGCCUCACUCCACACUGGAGGCAACUUCCCAUUAACCUUCAACAGCAGCCAGGCUAAAGUGUCAGCUUGCUUACAGUCCUCUGAAGAUAUGGACAGGUGCUCUACAGAGCUUACCUUGUGUCAGUCCCAUUUAUUGGAGCUGAGCCACCUGUUGCAGAGCAUGGAAGUUCUGCACAGAACAUACUCUGCACCAGCUAUCAGUGUCCUUCAGGCUUCUACCUUUGAAAGCCCCAAAAAGGAAAAAAGAACUCAGAGAAGGUGGCGUGCCAAGGGUUAUGGCAAAGAUUCUAAAACAACAUUACAGGUCCCCAGCUGCACACCAUCUGGUUCGAUAAGGCUGCAUGCUUCCAAUCCCAAUCUGUCUACUGUAGGUCAUGCUAAUGACAAAAACUUUUCCGAAAACGCAGACUCUCCUUCAGAUGCUUCCAAACUCCUGGAGGACUUCUAUCACGUGGCAAACAAUUUGCAUUCCACCUUAAAAUCAGCCUUCAGUAUAAUAACCACCGAGCGAGGAAAGCUCAAGCAGACGUUGGAUUGUGAAGCGGGCCAGCCACCAUCCGCACAGAUGAUUGGUCUGAAGAAUACCCUGGCAUCUAUGAUAGCCCAAAAUACAGAGCUGAGGGGCCGGCUGUGUAGGAUUCACGCAGAGUCCAGGAUAUUAGACUCUGCUGGCAAUACAAACACAAGCUCUGGUCCAGUGCAGCAGGACCCGAUUGAUGGCAGAAGGCCUCUGGUUCACCAGGCCUCUAAUGAAAGCAGGAAUUCUAUUACUGAGUCCCUCUCGGAGUUCUUCGAUGCACAGGAAGUGUUGCUGUCUGCAAGUUCUUCUGAAAAUGAGGCUUCAGAUGAUGAGUCAUACAUCAGUGACAUAAGUGACAGCGUUUCAGUGGACAACUUGAGCAACGAUGUUGAAAGCUGUGUUCAGAAUGGAUCCCCUCAGCCGUUCCGGAGGCGCUUCUGCUUGCCUGCUCCAGGCCCCGACACCAGCAAUAUCAGCCUGUGGAACAUCCUGAGGAACAACAUCGGAAAAGACCUGUCCAAGGUGGCCAUGCCUGUCCAGCUGAAUGAACCCCUGAACACCUUGCAGCGUCUGUGUGAGGAGCUGGAGUACAGCGAGCUGCUGGACACGGCUGCAGAGACACAGGAUCCAUUCCAGCGCAUGGUGUAUAUAGCUACUUUUGCAAUAUCUGCGUAUGCCUCCAGUUACUACCGAGCUGGGAGUAAACCAUUUAACCCCGUGCUUGGAGAGACGUAUGAAUGUGAAAGGAAAGAUAAAGGCUUCAGGUGCAUUGCAGAACAGGUUAGCCAUCACCCACCAAUAUCUGCUUGCCACACUGAAUCUGAAAACUUUGUCUUUUGGCAAGAUAUGAGAUGGAAAAAUAAAUUUUGGGGAAAGUCCAUGGAAAUCGUCCCGGUUGGAACAACACACGUGAUGCUGCCCAAGUUUGGAGACCACUAUGAGUGGAAUAAGAUCACGUCCUGUAUACACAACAUCCUGAGUGGCCAGAGGUGGAUAGAGCACUAUGGAGAGAUUUCUAUCAGAAAUUCAAACAGUGACAUCUGUCAAUGCAAAGUGACAUUUAUCAAGGCAAAAUACUGGAACUCAGAUGUGAAUGGAGUUGAAGGGACAAUAACAGAUGGUAAUGGGAAAGUAGUGCAGCGACUGUUUGGAAAAUGGCACGAAGGCGUGUACUGUGGGGUGCCACCUUCAGCCAAUUGUGUUUGGAGACCAAAUCCCAUGCCUAAUGACUUUGAACAGUACUAUGGAUUCACCAAGUUUGCACUAGAGUUAAAUGAACUGGACCCUGCAACAAAGCUGCUGCUGCCACCGACUGACACCAGAUUCAGGCAAGACCAAAGGCUACUUGAGGAAGGGAAUGUAGAAUUAGCAGAAGAGCAGAAACAAAGAAUUGAACACCUUCAGAGAGAGCGGAGGAGAGUUCUGGAGGAAAACAAUAUGACACAUCAACCUCGUUUUUUCAGAAAAUCAAGCGAAGAUACUUGGGUCAGCAAACAAACAUACUGGGAUCUGAGAAAAGACCCUGGCUUUGCCAAUCUUGACAACCCAGUACUUUGGUGAAUCGGACAUUACGAAGAUCUGCGUAUCAUUCCCAAGAUGCUGUUACGUAAUGGUGACAUUAUAUAUAAGCAUAUGCAACAAGAAGUGCAGUCUCUACUGAAAAACAAAAGUUCCCAAUUCUUUCAGCCAGACUACCAGUUUAAAUGGCUUACCAAAAAGUUUUCGUAGAGACAUUCAUGGUCGUCAUUUUUCUUCAAAAGGAUUAAUUAUUUAACUCCUGCUCAUUUAUUUUCUUAAUAAAAUUUAUCUUUAUUAAUUUAAAACCAUGAUGUAACAAACUGGUUGAAAGAAUUCUGAACUUUUGUUUUUCAGUAGAGACUUCAAUUCUUGUUGCAUGUAAUUACCUUAUACUGGUCAGCACCUCAUCAAUAUUAAGCAUUGUAGUGCACAAAUGCCUUUUUUUGGCUAUAUUUUAUAUAAUAUAUAUACACACACACAUAGAGUGUGUGUGUGUGUGUGUAUGUAUGUUUGUAUGUGUGUGUAUAAUAUAAUAUAAUAUAUAUAUAUAUAUAUAUAUAUAUAUAUAUAUAUAUAUAUAUAUAUAUAUAUAUAUAUAUAUAUAUAUACAUAUACACACAUUAGAGCUCUGGCCAAAAGUUUUGCAUCACCCUAUAGAAUAACAUAUUUUGCUUCAUAAAGUCGAAUGAAACCUACUGAAUAAUGUUAUGUUAACAUAUUGAAUUACAUACCACUGUAGUUUUCCAUAUACCGUACUGAACGAUAAACUGACAAAUUGAAAAUGUGACAUUUUGAAAAUCUAACAUGAAAUACUGUACUACUAUUAUUAUGGAUCCCGGUAGAUACUUGCGGUAUCAUUUUGUAGUUUCUUUGAUUAUAUGAUGUUAAAUAAAAGAUCUAAAAAAUGUUCAUAUAGUCUCGAUCGUAAAAUACUAGGGGAUACAAAAAUGUUAGCCAUACUGUGUGUGUGUGUGUGUGUGUGUGUGUGUGUAUAUAAUAUAUAUAAAAUAUAUAUCCUUUUUUUUUCCCCUUGCUUUUAUUAAUGGGUCUUGUUGCAAUUCAUAGAGCUAAAAUGCCUUAAUAUACGGCUGGUUUCACAGCCCCUGAUUUAACACUUAUUCUAAAGUAAGGUUAAGGUAGUCCAGAAUUAGAGCUAAUCGGGGUCUGUGAAACCAGCAAAUAGUGGUUAAAAUAAUAAAGAUAUGUUUUAGCGUUUAUUUUUAUGGCAAUUUUUGAACGUAGAAGAAAUAUGCAAAUGUGUUCUGUAUGUGUUUCUUUUUUUGUGUUUGCCUUGAUGAUGCACAAGUAGAUUAAAAGCACCUCCUGAACUACACACUGCUUCCAUAACCGGUUUAUACAGAGGUUCGCAUGGCAUGAAUAUGUAAUUAUGAGGCCUUUCCAAACUAAUGCUGUUGCUGUAUAUAUAUUCUUUCUCUGUUUGUAAUAGUUUCCAGAAGUAUUGCUGCAUAAAAUCACUGUCUUAACUCUGACAUUUUCUACCUCCUAAGAUACACAGCAUACUUCACUUUGUAUAUCAUACCUUGCCAGCUGCCUUACAGGUUCAAUAUAUUAGAUUUUGUAUCACCUAGCUCUUUAAAAAUGUGCAUUGUUAUCUAAUAAAUUAAGAUCUAUGUAUUCUGUUCACAUUGUACUUCAGUCCUAGACUUGAAAUGUAUUUAUGACAUGCCUUGUUCAGUGAUAACUAUAACAAACCCAAUAGAAAAGUAAUGGCUUUAAUAUCUCAGAUAUACAGAUUGAAGCUUCCAGGGUUGUGAGGGUUUCGUAAUCUGAUCUGUAAUAAACUCAUCUUUGUAAACUCACAA